ACACCAAGAUGGCAUGAGUUUAGUGGAAAGGGGGAGAAUUCUUGGGAUGCUGGAGUUUCCCGGGAACUUUACCAUGCACAUGCAAAAUAGAGUGUUACAGCGCAAUUUUGCCGAUAAUGAGGCGAUUGAUGGAUCCACGAUUUCAGUUCGGAUGGACGAGUCAAACAAAAUAUUGUCUUUUUGGGCAAGGAAAAUCAUAAUCGACAAAUAUCUCACUUUCGUCGAAAGUAUUGUUGCGGCUUGUUCUUUCAACGUGAGCAUUGCUCAACCAGGGCUGAAGUUUACCGCAAUUUAUGGAAGUAUCGAACUGUUUGACGUCAUCUCCUAUAUCAAACCUGGUGUAAUACUUCUACACAUGUUCAUUUUGCUAAUGGCACUCGUCGUGAUUUCGAUGGAAGACCGAGUCGCUGGCUUCGAGGGGAGAGAAUUUAUUUCCGGAGUGCACCUCUGGCACCGAAUUAUUUCCGCUAUUUUGACUCAAAGUUGCACGAUUUUGAUACAAAUUGGGAUAUUUCUGGGGGUCAUGUACAAUUUUUAUGGUGUCGAGAUCAAAGGUUCGUGGGUACUUGGAGUGAGUCUGAUUUACUCUUGUGCCAUUACCGGGUUGAUGUUGGGUGUUAUGAUUGGGGCAUUGUGUGACAAGAUACUUGACGUUAUUUUCAUGCUAAUUCUGGUUCUUCAGGGUCAGUUACUUGCGGCAGAAUCAACUUAUUUAAUUCCCCUGCCUGAACAAUCAUUUGAAAAGCGACGACUAGAGCCAUGUGGCCACCCGAAAUGGCGCAGUGGAUUGUACGUCAACUCUUUGUGUUCGUACCUAUCACUCAAAUGAUUAAGGCGCUGAGAUCAAUUUGUACGAGAGGAUGGGGGAUUACGAAUCCUGUCGUGGCCAUGGGCUUCCUACCCGUUCUUGGCUGGAUAACAAUUUCGUUGGUUGUAAUUGUGCUUGCAGAGCGACGGAAAUAUAAAUAAGUAGGUGGAUUAACAUGUACACAUUUUAUGCAGGAAUGAAUUAAGACGAUUUGGCAAGCUAAAUUGGCCUGAAAGCUUAUUUCUGACAAAAUUAUGUUUAAACUACCGGAAUUAAUUAAAACAAGUGAAAUAAGUAUUGUCUUCCACAUCCGAAAUCCAUCCGAAAUUAUGGAGAUUUGAAAAUUCUACUUUGUUU